AACAGGUUCCUCUUGCCUCUCUCAAGACUCCGCCCACUGGUCCCACCUGUAAUCUGGACCGGGUGGAGAGGGUUUUUAGUUCCUAGAUCCGGGGAAGUUAGCUGGCACAACCAAGUGCUUAAUUCACCUCUGUUUCCUUACACGGACUCUAAUUAAACAUUGAAAUAUGGCAGUGAACACAGGCACCUCUCUAGUGCUGUCCAGUCUGCUGUCAGUGCUGGUAUUUGCUGGCAUGCAGAUGUUCAGUAAGCAGCUGGGAUCCACUGAGUGGCUCACCAUCGUGGGGGGUUUCCUGGGCUCAGUCCUCUUCAUCUGCUCCCUCACUGCAUUUAAUAAUCUGGAAAAUCUGAUUUUUGGGAAGGGAUUCCAAGCCAAGAUAUUCCCAGAGAUUCUGGUGUGCCUGUGCCUAUCGCUGUUUGCCUCUGGACUGGUACACCGCGUCUGUGUCACCACAUGCCUGAUAUUCUCCCUCUUUGGCGUGUACUACAUCAACAAAGUAUCUGCUGCGCUCUACCAAGCCGCUGUUCCCGCGGUAACACCAGCCAAGGCUGCCAGCAAGGGCAAAAGGAAGAACUGAUGAAUCUGUUGGAUCCCACUUGCAUCCAGUGAAUCAGUUAAUAGUACCCAGGUGCUGAUGGCCCAGUGCAACAAAGAAGUUGCACAUUUUGUAGUAUUGUCUUCAAUCCAUAACCCUUUGUGUAUUUCACUAGACUUUUUAAAGAUUAUUUGGAAAGCAACAAACAGUUCCAUGACUUCAAGUCAGUCAUAGUCCUUUUUUUUUUACAAUGAUCUCGUGUUUAGGGUCAUAACUAAAGACAAACAGCUGUCAACAUUCCAUUGAUAACCUUUUCCUCACCACUCGUUUUACACUGAUUGCAAAGAGAUUGAAACAUCCCAACCUGUGUAUUCAUCAGCACAUGAAGUUGCUUCUUUUGUUUAAUUCAUUUUGUAAUUAAACUCUGUAAAAAGAC